AUGGCCUCGAGCUGGUGGCGGUGGCGGCACGGCUGCUCCUGGAGGCCGGCGGCGCGGACCCCCGCGCCCGGAGCGCCUGGCCGCCAGGGCCCUCCCGCGCCGCCCCCCGCCGCCGCCGCCGCCGCCCGCGCGCAGAUAUCCUGUUUUUAUCUUGUGAAGAGUUUAACAUCUGCCUGUCUAAAUAUGUACAGUAUAUCACGGCUCCAUCACACAACAUCGGCUGUGUUCUGUUACAGUAAACCUCGGAGUGGUGAGAAAUACACCGAUCCCUUUCAGCUUGGUAGGAGAUAUUUGAAAGGUCUGUAUGAGGACAUUAGGAAGGAAUUGCUCAUAUCUCCAAUAGAGCUUAAGGAAAUGUCUGAGUACUACUUUGAUGGAAAAGGAAAAGCCUUUCGACCAGUUAUCGUGGUGCUAAUGGCCAGAGCGUGUAAUAGCCAUUAUAACAAUUCCCGAGAUGUGCAAGCCAGCCAGCGCUCCAUAGCCUUAAUUGCAGAGAUGAUCCACACUGCUAGUCUCGUUCACGACGAUGUCAUUGACGAUGCCAGUUCUCGGAGAGGAAAGCACACAGUUAAUAAGAUCUGGGGUGAAAAGAAGGCUGUUCUUGCUGGAGAUUUGAUUCUUUCUGCAGCAUCUAUAGCUCUGGCACGAAUUGGAAACACAACUGUUAUAUCUAUUUUAACCCAAGUUAUUGAAGAUCUGGUGCGUGGUGAAUUUCUUCAGCUAGGGUCAAAAGAGAAUGAGAAUGAAAGAUUCGCACACUACCUUGAAAAGACCUUCAAGAAGACUGCAAGUCUGAUAGCCAACAGUUGUAAAGCAGUCUCUGUCCUAGGAUGCCCUGACCCAGUGGUGCAUGAGAUUGCCUAUCAAUAUGGGAAAAAUUUGGGAAUAGCCUUCCAGCUGAUAGAUGAUGUACUGGACUUCACCUCAUGUUCUGAGCAAAUGGGCAAGCCAACAUCAGCUGAUCUGAAGCUCGGGUUAGCCACUGGCCCUGUCUUAUUUGCUUGUCAGCAGUUCCCAGAAAUGAAUGCUUUGAUAAUGAGACGGUUCAGUUUGCCAGGAGAUGUGGACAGAGCUCGACAAUAUGUACUACAGAGUGAUGGUGUGCAGCAAACAACCUACCUCGCCCAGCACUACUGCCACGAAGCAGUGAGAGAGAUCAGUAAACUUCGACCAUCCCCAGAAAGAGAUGCCCUCAUACAACUCUCAGAAACUGUACUCACAAGAGAUAAAUGA